GUUCCGGAUUAUCGGCACGCAAUGACCACUGCGGCACCGCUUUACGGACCGCUGCGGAUAUGCGGCUACGCUUUGGGCGUGUUCCCGUACACGGUGUCGCGGUCCGCGCCGCACAGGUUCCGCCUGCACUGGUUCGGCGCGGCGCUGAAGGCCGCGCACUUGUUGCUGUUCUGGUCGGCCGCUGCGUCUGUCACCGCGACGCUGUUACGGAUGUACCCGACCAACACCAUACAGCCGAACAGACAGGCGCUCGACAAGAAGUUGGCAUCCACGUCGCCGGUGAAAGUGUUCGAGCUAUACGUUUACAUGACGUUCACGACGGCUGCGACGGCCGCCGCGUGCCAGCUGCACAUGAUGUUGCCAUCGGUCGUGGCCCUGGUCGGCGAGUGUCUGCUCCGGCCGCGCGUCCACCGCGGCCACGCCUGGCCACCGUUUAAAGCAUUCACCAUAGUCGCGUUCGUCGUCUACGAAUUCGGCAUUUACUACGUGCUGAGCACGGCGAGGUUCAAUCGCCAGUUCUUCGUAUGCCUGUUCUCAUUCCUAUCCAACAUCGAUUGUAUCGUGAUCGAACAGUUUUUCUACGUCACGUGCUUGACACUGUGCGCCCGGCUGAAACGGAUCCACGAGGACGUACAGAACCUGGUACACAAGGCCGAACACCCGCGAUGGCGAUGCUGGGAGAGCACCGCGGACGGACAUCCGGCCUGCCUGGGCAUACCUGCAUUCGGCGCGGCGGACAUCCGGCACCUGAGGUUUGCUCACCUGAGGGCAACGGAGACGUUUUCGCGGGUCAACCACGCAUUCCAACUACCGCUGCUACUGAACAUGAUUGACAGCGUGUGCCGCAUCGUGUUCUACACGUCCGAGAUUAUUCCUAUACGGAUUUCAUUGAGCUGGCUUACAUUAACAUUAAAUCCAGUCACUAGCAGGAGAUUAAUGCCCGAGAUCAUUCUAUUUCAAAAUCAAUUAGACGCAGUAACUUCAAAAUUCCAAAUAUACGGGAUGAUAAAUAUUAAUAUAAAAUUUUUCUAUGCAGGUUUUGGGUUACUAAUGGCAUACAUUAUCUUUUUACUGCAGUUUUUCGGUUCUUCUUUGCAACCAUCACUAGUGUACAAUAAUGUCACAGCAACUCAAAGUAUUAUGGAAAUCCAAAAUAGUACAAACAUCGCAUGAUUGGAUAAUAGAUACUUGGAAACUGAUAUUUUUAGAUGUAACAAAAUACCUAGUUUAAAAAAUAUGUAUAUUAUAUUUAUGUUAAUGGUAUUAACCAUAUUGUAAUUAAUAUUUAAUUAUAUUGUUAUAUUUUAUAUAGUUAAAAAAUAACCAGUGCUAUACAUAAACAGUAUACAUCUAGCUAUAUCGGCCAUGUACACCCACCUGUUAUUAAAAUAAUUCUGAAUUCAUGACGUUCGUGAAUCCACUUUUCAAAUUUUAGUUGAUCCAACGUAGCCAUUUUUAAGUACAAAUAACUACUAAAUUAUAAAUAAUAAUAUAAUAUUAAUAUUUAAGAUAGAAGUAGUUCGAAGGACAAAGAUAUUACCUAUAUUAUAUUGUUAUACUAAGUUAUAUAUUUAAACAAUUAUGUAUCAGAUUAAAUUGCCUUAAAACCGCUGAACUUGGUUUGUUCAUAAAGCUUAUGAUCAAUUUUUGGCAGGGUUAAAAUAUGAUUAUAUAUCUACAUUUUGUUUUUUUUUUAAACACUGUUGUCGCGUCAGAGAGUAUUUUUACAGGUAUCAUCAACCCUAUAAUUCGGGCCCUAUAUUAGCUAUAUUAUUUCUGAACUGUCAUGUUUUUACAUUAUAUAUACUUAUUUGAUGCAGUAGACGACGGGCGCAAAUUCCGAUCUGCAAUUUGAACGACAUAGGUGAUAUGAUAUCUAAAUAAAACCUAAUAUACGGUAUGUCGGUAUUUACGGUAAUUUAUAUCAAUACGCUAUAAUAUACCGAAUUUUAAAUUCAAUUUGAAUAAUAAAAAAAAAUCAUAAGAUUCAUCUGCUAUAACUUAUUUGUCUAUUGUAAUACUGGAUAGAUUGAAUUAAUUUUUACUAAA